UCUCUAUCUUUCUGCAGUUGUCUACUAUGAUAUGAUUAUUAGAGAGAGACAGGAACAAGACGAAACAAUCUAGAACAAGAAAAAAGGAAAACCAAAACAUACAUACACCACUGACCACUGUUGUUUUUUUUAAAAGGAGAGAGAGGUAAGAAAGAUCCACAAGUAAACCCAAGAUUAGAAGCAGAAACAAUUCAGACCGCAACAAGCACAGUUUUUUUUUUUUUUUCUUUAGAGAGAGAUAGAAGAAAAAAGAGUCGCAGUCUUCUUUUUUUUUUUCUCUGUGAGCCUUCAGACAAAGAAAGAUAGUGACAGUAGAUUUCGAAGAAUCUAUUUUAGAUUUGUUUUCUUUUGUUUUUGGUUUUAUGGCAAAAAGGAUUCUAUCUUCGUAUUUCUCUAUCUAUCUCAUAUUUGUGUAGAUUUAUAUUGGUUAUGUACAUCAACUGGAGCUGUGUGCUGUGAUUUUUUGUUUUUUUUUGUUGUUUUUUAAUUUUUGGGAUUAGAUAGGGUUUAGGUUUAAUCAGCUGUGGCUACAACGAGGAGGCAUAAUCUACCAACGUCAGAUUCCGGUGCCUUCACCGACUGGGCGGCGGUGACGACGACUACAUCUUCUCUUGCCACUGAGGAUCUAUCUCUUGGUUUCAAUGCUGGUCCCACCGUCGUUCACGGCGGUUUAGGCUCAGCUUCCGCCGCCGCCGGCGUUCCUUUAUGGCAUCCCGGAUCUUCUGUCCGUUAUGGCUUACAGUCGUCGGCGGCGGCGACGGGUAUGGGUAUGGUCGGUCUGAGAGACGUUUUCCUUGUUGCUCCGGCUUACCACCACCACCAAAACGCCGGAGUUAUUUCUGGACCCGAAGCGGCGCCGCUUGGCGUCGGAGUUGUUCCUCUCCUCACGGCGGGUCCGCCUCAGCAAAACGUGGAAGACACCGACAUUAACUUCCUCGGAAACAACCGGAGAUGGCAGAACAACAACAACAACAACCACGAAACGCAGUAUCUUCAGUUCAAGAGUACUAACCAGACUGCGGUAGGAACGAGCUCGAACAACAACUCGGGGUCUGGCUCUGGCGCAUCGGGAACCGCCACGUGUCAAGACUGUGGAAACCAAGCGAAGAAAGAGUGUAAGCAGAGGCGGUGCAGGACUUGCUGCAAGAGCCGUGGCUUUGAUUGUUCUACUCACGUGAAGAGCACGUGGGUCUCUGCAGCUAGGCGGAGAGAGAGGCAAGUCAUGCCUUCCGGCGCUAAUCCAACGGCCGGAUCGUCUCUCUCUACAUCCUCCGGGACGAAGAAGCCGAGGAUCGUAGGGUCUCAACAACAACAACAACAAGCCACUUCUCAUACUUCAACUUCUAACACGCCUCCUCAAAGUUUCGAGACCAGUUCCAGCCGACAAGACGAAAGAGGGUCAAGGGAAGCAUGGCCUGGGCAGAUUAGAGCCCCGGCAGUGUUCAAGUGUGUGAGAGUAACGGCAGUGGAGGAUGGUGAUGACGAGUACGCUUAUCAAGCGGUAGUGAAAAUCGGUGGCCAUGUCUUUAAAGGAUUCUUGUAUGAUCAAGGGCUUGAACCCAAAGAAGGUUUUCCUAACAUGUCGGAUUUGCAUUUAGGUGGUGCAGCCAAUAACCAUAACGGAGUGUCAGCCUCGGCGCCUAUUCUUGAACCGCCAAAUGUCUACGGUGGUGGUGGCGGUUCAGGCGGUGGGUUUUACGGUUAAACCAAAAUUCAAAAACGUUUUACUAUUUGACAGAUAAAGAUGUUAUCUUCUUUGAUGUUUUUUUUUACAAUGGGGUUGGAUACAAAAGAAUAUUUCACUAACUCUAUUGUAUGAAUUUUCCAUGUGGACGAACUA